CGCAGGCUUAGGCUCCCAAGCGCGCCAUGGCGCUCCUGUGGCUCUUGUGGGUAUGGCUGCUGGCCUUGGGGACUCGAGGCGCUCACGUCCUCGACCUCUCCGGGGAGCUGCCUGACGCCCUGGCCCAGAUCUUCGACAGCCAGCAGGACUGCGACCUGUUCUUCCUGGUGCGGGGCCAGGAGGAGCUCCACCUCUGCGCCCACCGGCUCAUCCUGGCCGCCAACCCCGAGGCCCGGGCCCUGGCGGGGGAGCCCGGCAGGAACGUCACCAUGAGCGUGGACUCGGAGUGCGCGCCCUUCCUGAGGGACUUCAUCAGGUACUUGUACUCCCGGAGGAUUGAGGUCACGCUGUCGUCGGUGAAAUGCCUCCACAAGCUGGCCUCCGCCUUCGGGGCCGAGGCGCUGCAGGCCUACUGCGGACGCCUCUUCGCCGCCCUCCUCCCCGAGGACCCCUCCUUCCACCAGGCCCUGGACCUGUACGCGUACGCGCGGGCCUCCCGGGACCCCGUGCUGGAGCAGCUGUGCGUGCGCUUCCUGGCCUGGAACCUGGAGGCCCUGACGCGGGCUGAGGCCUGGCCCCGGGUCCCCCGCCCCCUGCUGGAGGCCCUGCUCCCCGAGAGCGACGUGGCCGUGUCCAGCGAGCUGGCGCUGCUGCAGGCCGUGGCCGCGUGGAGCGGGGAGCGGGGCCUGUCUCCCCGGGAGGCGGCCGGCCUGGUGGAGCACAUCCGGUUCCCCAUGAUGGCGCCCGAGGAGCUGUUCCAGCUGCAGUUCACGCUGCCCCUGUACCGGCGCCUCGAGGCGCUGUUCCGGAGGAAGAUCCUGCAGGCGCUGGAGUUCCACACGGUGCCCCUGCCGCUGCUGGCCCGGCACGCCGGCCUCAACCUCACCCGCCCCGCCUACCGGCCCCGCGUCUACACCGCGGCCAACUGGAGCGCCGCCAUCAGCAACGGCUCCCUGGCGGCCCCGCGGGAGCGGAGGUUCCCCUCCAGCAACGAGAUCGGCUACGGCUACUACGGGAGCCACGGCUACCGGAGCGGACGCUAUGGCUACCCGAACCCCUCCUACCAGACCUUCCAGACGCCCCUGCACCCCAGCUUCCUGUUCCGGGACCGGCUGGUCUCCUGGACGCUCGUCUACCUGGAACGGAUGCAGGACUGCUGGAACUACGGUUUCUCCUGCUCGCCGGAGGAGCUCCCGGCGCUGGGCCUCACCCGCGGGGGCGCCUCGGACCCCACGGUGGGCUACGAGAACAAGGCGCUCAUGCUGUGCGAGGGGGGGCUCGUGGUGGACGUGGUGGACUUCCAGGGCGCCAAGGCCCCCAUCCCCGGCGCCCUGGACGCCAACGGUUCCAAGCCAGCCUCCUCCUUCCCCUGCGCCGCGGGCACGUUCGGCGGCUACCAGGCCGUCGUCCGCCCCUUCUACCUGCUCAACUCCACCCUCCUGGAGUAGAGGGG